UGCUGCUGCUGCACAUUGCUGGGGAGGAGGUGGAGGUGGAGCAGCCUGCGCUGGAGGAGGAGGUAGAGGAGGCAGUGCCCCAGCAGCAGCACAGCGCUGUCAGGAAGAUUUUAUCACCUGGUGUAGAAUUUCCUUUAACCUGUUCUCCGCCUGCUCACCUCUGAGACUAGCUGCAGUGCACAUAGUGACCCCUCCUCCUCUCUAUACCCAGCACUGGACCCCCGGGAGGCGCCUAUAUGUGUAUACGGAUUUGAAUUUCUUGGUAUACUACCAUGGGAAACCAUGUUGGAAGAAGAGAACACACUGAUGACCUUUCUGCAAAGAAUACAGACAACUCUGUAGUGGAAGAAACGCCUGUGAGUCAGGUGGCAGAAUCAUCCCAGGAAUGUGACGACAAUGAAGUGUUUGUGUGUAACCAUGGCGACCAGGGCCGGGCGGGUGACGUCACUUCCGGCACGACGGUAGGUCCGGGGCCGGAAGUGCCACUGCAGGACGGCGGCCAGGGGCCUGGGGACACACUGGAGUUACACAAGGAGGCAGAUGUGAACCAGAACAAUGGCACCUCGUCCAAGGGCACGGCGGUGACUGACUCCACAGGCACAGAAGAGACUAAGAAUGAUUGGAAGGAUGCCAACCCAGCUGAUGCUGCUGCUCGCCCACAUCUGAUACGCCUUUUUUCCCGAGAUGCUCCAGGAAGGGAGGACAACACCUUCAAAGAUCGGCCCUCUGAGUCAGAUGAGCUUCAAACCAUCCCGGAGGACAGUGGAACUACUUCACCAGAAACGGAUUUGAUGGCAUCACAGAAACUGUCUCGCGGUCACGGAUCAAAACACAUGGCAUCGGCAAGCACUUCUGAUCACUCUAGGCAUGGCCAUGGAGCCCACGGGAGAUACAGGGACUCUGGUCUUCUGGACUCACUGGGCAGGUUCUUUGGCGGUGACAGGCAUAUUCCUAGGAAGGGAUCAGGAAAGGAUAUUCAUUACUCCAGAUCAGGCUACCUCUCAUCCUCUCCACAGAGGUCUCCACAGAGAUCUUCUUACUAUGCCCAUGGCAGGCACGUGGAUGAAAACCCAGUUGUCCACUUUUUCAGGAACAUUGUGACACCCAGGACACCGCCCCUUGCUCAACCAAAGAGAGGAUUGUCCCUCGCAAGAUUUAGCUGGGGGGGUGAAGGGCAUAAGGGUUCCUAUGGAGGAUCCAGUCCCAGGUUCUUGGAGCAUCACCACCAGCAUCACCACAAAUCAUCCUUUAAGGGAUACAAGGAUGCACACAGAGAGGGCCAAGGAACCCUCUCCAGGAUCUUUAAACUGGGAGGUAGAGACAGCCGAUCAUCCUCUCCCAUGGCAAGACGUUGAAGCUUCCAAGAUGUCUGCUACAAGGGCUGCAGCCUGCUUCGUAACCUGAAGUGCCAUUACUGAUAACAUUACUACUAUGUGUAACACUCAUAUAAAUAUACACAAUCUGUCAUGCAGAGACCAAAAGCUGUGACUGCAGUUCAUUUAUGUUGCCAGUACCUGAUUAAACGAAAGUUGAUUCAUAGUAAGAUGGAAAACAAAGUGAUGGACCCUGCUGUCUAAAUUAUAAUAAACAUUAAUUAAAACACUACUGUAUGUCUAUAAACCUAGAUAUUAUUUUAGAAAUGUAGUGACCAACAACUCUAGUUGCUAUGAGGUAAAAAGGAUGAUAACCAAAAUCUCAUGUAUCUCAUAAGGAUUUUGCUUCUUGCUGCUUUGAGGUUAUAUAUAUUAGGAGCUUUUUUAUUAUUUUAUUUUUAAUAACAUCCACUCUCUCUCACAUGCAUGUUUUUCUUUCAUACUAGGUAGAGACGGCAGUUCUUAAAGGUAGUAAGGAAAAGGGUAAUAUUAGCAUGUGAGAAGGGUAUAUUGUGCGGAUAACAGACUUGUGGUAAAGGACAAUGCUAUAUAAAGAUGAGAUAGGAGACUUCUGUCCUUGCCAUGAUAUGGGAGGAGAGAAACAGUGAGAGAGACUAUUUCCGGAAGUCAGGAGAAGCCCUGGGCACUGCGCACAUCUGGAGCUCUAGAUGCUUAUACUUGGGGCUCGUCAAAACUCAAAAAUGUCCUUAUCUAUAUUCUAGAAACACUAUGCAAGCUCGACAAAAAUAGAGCAAUUGAUUAGUAACCGUCUGAUGAUUAUUCACUGGUAGUGCUGUCUUGCAAAAUAUAUAUAGACUUUAAACUAACUACUGUAGUUAUAUUGAGAAAGGUAACAGUUUGUCAUUAAUAAAAUUUUACAUUGAGGGCACUGGAAAUCAUAGGUGCACCACAUAGCUCUUCUGAUUGCACUGUUUUCUUUUUCUUUUAAUUAAGUAAAAUGUACUGUACAAUAUAUUGACCUUUAUUUAAUGGACUUUCUCUAUAUUUUUACAGUUAUGUUUUUUAAACAUGAAUUUUUUGGGAAGAACACUGUACGCCCAUGUUGCCAUUAAGUGUAGCUUAUUAAUAAGUGCCUUAGAUAAUGUCACAAUUUUUAAUAUGUGACAGAACGGUGUACUAAUGUACUGAUCAUGGGAGUUUAAGAACAUAAAAUGUGUACAGCUUAUGCACAAGAUACCUAGGCCAUAGAAUCCACACAUUAUUUCAUGACCAUGGUCAGAAUAUUUUAAUUUUAUAGGUUUACACAGCAAACAAUUGUUAUCAUUAUUCCUCUUAUGGUGUCAUUAAAGUUAUCGAAAUAAAAUAAUCUUAUUAGACUUUAA